UUUGGCUUUGCGUAGCUUUAAUGCACAUUCAUCUGCUGGUUGUUCAGACACUUGGAAGUCGUAGUAGACUUGGGCAGCAAAAUUCACUAAAAUUUAUACUGAAGACUUUGACGAUCGAAUCUGAAGACCCGGUUAAGAUGGAUAAUGGAAAAAUCCGCGAUUUUGCCAAUGCGAAUGAGGGCGCAAUUGAGUCAAUCUCGACUGAUGGCAACACCGCGCGCACGUUUAAGUCAAAGAGCAUGGAUUCGAGGGCACCGUUAAAUGUGACACCAGGCACCGGGACUGCACUGAGCCCUCUGUCCAUAUGCGUCGAAGAUCUACCAGAUGAGCACCAGCAAGUGGAUGAGCAGGCCGAGGGCGGCAAUCAGCAGCCGUCUGGUGGUGAGUCAGAGCAGGCAGCUGCUCCAUCAGCUGCUGACAGCGGCCAGGGUCAGGCUCAGGAGCAGCCGAGCAAGAAGGGCUGCGACAAGUGUGGCAAGAAAUUUGGUCUGACCGGCGGAUUUCCUUGCCGUUGCGGUGGCACCUUUUGUGCAUUCCAUCGAUAUAGCGAUCGCCAUGAUUGCACCUUCGACUAUCGUGAAAUGGGUGCCAACGAGAUACGCCGCGAUAACCCAUUAAUUGUGCCUGAGAAGCUCCGCAAGCUUUAGUGAUAGAGCAACUGAACGCCGGCUUGGCCCUUCCGUAAAUUGCAGUUGUUAUUGUUCUAUUAUCAUUAACACAGUCUUUGGCAUGAGGCAUUCACCACCUAAGAGCACACACAGAAGGAACCGAGUGAGGGCAACAACAAACACAGAACACUCAUCGAAAUGAAACAUCGAAGGCAUAAUGCAUAUUCAAUCUUCAAGCUGUAGCUAUUAUGUAAACCUUUUACUACGAAUAAUCCAAGUGCCUCAAGUUAAGUUUAAAGAUAUUCUUACUUACAUUCUUAUUUUGCAAAUUACGGCCAACUGUUAGUUA